AAAAAAAUAUUCAAUUUACAUUUUUGUCAUGUUUCAUGUUGUUUUUGUUAUUUUGUAUUGGAGAAAUAAAUUCAUUGUGUCGAUAUCGUUGAAAAUAAUGUCAGCCAUUAUAAUCAUAAUUCUAAUUUUAAUGACCCAUGGUCAUUGUUCAAAAGUUCAAUAUGUUCAAUAUCAACCAAUGAUGAUGAAUAAUAGUGAUCAAUUAUUGUAUGAACAAUCAAGAUGUUCACUUGAAUAUCAAACAAUUGAUCUUGAUUCGGAAUCAUCAACAACAAAUUCAAUAAAUGGUCAUCAAUCGAUUCAUUAUUAUCCACGUUGUAUUCGUGUAUCUCGUUGUAUUGGAUGUUGUUCAAUGCAAGGACAAAUCAAUUUCGAUGAUUGGAAUCAACGUGAAUGUCGUCCAACAAAUAUUCAAUAUAAAACCAUCAUACAAACAGCUCAAUCAAUCGAUCAUUAUCAUCAUAAUCCGGAUAUGAUGAUGAAAUUAUAUCAUCGUAAAGUUCAAGUUGCCUAUCAUACUGGUUGUCAAUGUUAUUGUCGACAACAUCUCAUGAAUCAAUGUUCAAAUCAGCGACAAAAAUUCUAUAAUGAUUCAUGUCGUUGUGAAUGUAGACCGGAUCUAGUACAUGAACGAUUUGAAUGUACAAAACGAUUGACCAUACAUGGCCAUAUGUUCUGGGAUAAUGAUCGUUGUGAAUGUCGAUGUCCACAAUUCUAUUAUGCUUAUAAACAUCAUUUACAUCCAAUGUCUAUAGAUACAUUUUGUCCACGUGGACAUCGUUUCGAUAUGAACAAUUGUAAAUGUAUCAAACAAAAAAAUAAUAUUCUGUGAAACAAAAAA